GAAAGAAGGAAAGGGCAAAUAAAUGUGAGAGAAGAAAAAAGACUAGACAAGUGUUGCGUGUGCCUUUUAGGCAAAAGCUUCACAAUGCCAAAACCUAACCCCAUGUCCCCAUCCACUCAGAUGAGUGAAAAAAGCUUACACAGCCAAACUUCAAAUCGACAAUAGAUUUUUCUUUUCUAUUCCUUUAAAAAAAUUACUUUUAGUUUUCUUUGGCAUCUUUUGCUUAAUGCAUCUUCUAUGUGCAUAUAUUCGAUUUUUAGAAUUUUUGGUGUUUCGUUGUAGUGGUUGUGGCUAAACAUGGACCCCUCUUAGAGAAAACAAUCUAUUUUGUCUAUAUAUGUUUGUUUCUAAAAUAUACCAUUUAUAACAAUAGUUGAUUGUUUUGAAUAUAUAGUUGCUUCUUUGGAUGUUAGUGGUAGGGGUAUCGAAAUCUUGAAAAGAAUAAGCGUUUCUUAGUCCUUUGUAUUUGAUAGUUUUUAUUCUAUAUAAUGAUGAUACAAAAGAUAAAUACAAAAGAUAUAUAACAGGUAACUUAUUACUUACGAAUAUAAUUUCAUUUUUCGAUUAUUGGCUUCUUUGUCCUAGCAUUAGCAUCUUUCAAAAAUUAAUUUUCUAGUGCCAGUAUUUUGUUUUUCCAUCUUGUCAAAGUAUUACUUAUGACCAAACUUUUGGCUUAUUGAUGCAUCCUUGACAAAGACUCUCGUUUGUCUUGUAAUGAAAUAGUCUUGGCAAUUAUUUGGGUACAUUGUCUUUGUUUUAGUGUGAAUAUUUACUAAUGAUAGAUCAACUGUUUUUUUUUGCUCAAUUUCAUUUCAUGAAAAUAUUGGUUUUCAUUUUCUAAUGGUCGGUCUCAUUUGGUUUUGUGGUCUUUAAUUCUGACAAAACCCACUUGAACAUUGUUUGGUGCAUUAUCAACAUCUUCUAGCUUUCCACAAUUCACUAAGUUGUCGUUUACACAAAUAUAUUUUUUCUUUUUUCAAUGGAUUAGCAUUGUCCUUUGUGGACUAUAUUAAGUGCUUUGGACCAAAAGUAACUUUGAUCGGUUACAGAUUUUCGGUAGUGGUAAUUCUGUUUAACUGAUCAGAUGGUGAUUGAGGUGUCGGUCACAUGUUUUUGUAAAUAACAGAAAUCGAAUUGAAUCACGAAAGCCAAUUUACAAACAAACAAAAAAAUCGAAUUGAAUUUAGUCGUUGGCCGGUAAGGCGGUAAGUUAUAAAACAUUGACAAAGUAAGUAUAUACAUGCAGAGAGGGAUCAUACGAGAUAAUAUACAUGUAGAUUAUAAAAAAAAUGUGUAUAAAGUAUAAACUGAUAUAUCAAACUCACAAUCAACCACGUUGUAAGGAUUUCAAAACUUAUGUGGAAGGGUAGAGGGAAAUAAUCUGAUUAUAUAAUCUAGGAAGAAGUUAAAGAAUGGAAAGUUUAAUAGAGAUGCACAGAUUUGAAGAAAAUAGAAGAAGAAAAAAUAGAGAGAGAGGAAGGAAAAGACAAAAGCAUUGAACAACAAUGCAUACUCUUUGUCUUUAUUAGUCUAUACCUAAGCCCUAGAGAUAUAAAGAACAAGACACAGACCUUUCAUCUUGAAAUUCUCAAAAAUCUAAAACCCCACAAAUCACGAAUAAACAUCCUCUCUCUCUCUCUCUCUCCCUCUCACACUCACUUUUAUCACUUGCGUUCAUCAUCAACUCGUCAUCAUGUUUUCAUCUUUCUUGUCAGAUCUUGUUGGUGACAACUCCCAUAAGAAGAAAAAAAGAGAGGAGGUUGAUGAUGGUGGUGGAAAACAAUAUUGCAAAUCUAUGUCACAUACGAAGAUAGUGUGUACUUGACAUGCAUAUUAGUUAUUUGCAACGUGCAUAAAUUAUAGGAACUCUCACUGAGUUUUAUAAUCGCAUAAAUUAAUGGGUGGGGUGCAAGCGAAAACAAUUUGUAUCACCUGUUUUGUCAUAAACGACACAUCAUCCUCAGGAAUAUGGGCUCUUAACCUUUGAGGCUUUCUUUCAUCAAAGCAAAUAAUGGGUUUCGCAAAAAAUAAAAUCCAAGUAAAGUAAUGAUGGGCGUUUAUCUUUACCGUUAACGAAGAUGAAAAGAGUUCUUGUGGGCAGUGUAAAAGGGCUUUUAUAAGCCCAUAAUAUUAUAUCAGUAUGCUUAGUGAUGUUUGUAGAACCCACCGUUAGUCGUCGUCAGUCAAUUAAAUUUACAAACGACCGUUAAAACUGAGUCCUCCACGCUGGCAGAGCCUCUCGCACUGGGCCCACCAAAUGCUAUAUAUAUAAUCGAAGAUAGUCAGCAAGUUAUCGCAUCCAGAAGAGUUGCGAUCGUAAAGAGAAAGGAAGAGGCGGUUAUGGUAAUCACGGCGUCAUCCUCUACGAUUCUCAUCGGAGAAGAAGGCGUAGAGAUCCACCGGCCAUCAGAGGAGAGUACACCAACACACUCUCAUCGACGGCGGUGGAGCACUCCGAUUGAAUCCGGCGUCGAAUCUCUCGAUGAGAGGCUCACCUUCAGAUCUCUGACGGAUCACGACGGAGUGGAACAGAGAGGUGCUGACGAUUUCUAUCUAGGGGGAGAAAUAUCGGCGUGGGGACCGUUUGGACCGCCGUUACUGAAGGAGUCGAGGCCGGUUGCGCCGCCGCAGAUGCCGCUUCCGAAGAGGACGGAAGCGGUUGUAGAAUUGAGGAGAGGGAGAAGCGUGACGAGGAAGCGAGAUCUGCCGCCAUAUCUGACGACGCUGGAUUGUAACGGACGGCCGAGAUUUCAUCACAGGAGGGUGAGAAGCGAAGGACGGUUAGAGAUUGCCAGCGUGGCAGUGAGUAUACCGGAGAUCGUUAGCGUACGUGGAAGAGAAGGACUCAGAAUCGGAACCGUGAGAAUCAGUCAAGAAGAAGAUUAAACAGAAAAAUCACUGAUAUUUUUUUGUGCUAAUUUCGCGGGAUUGAUCGUUGUCUAAUUUUGUUUUAACAUUAGGCCCAUUUAAAAUGCUUAAAUACUGGGCCUGAAAGCCCAAAACCAUUAGCUUGUCCAACAAUUAAAAAACUUGUAAGAUUAUGACGUGUCAGAAGUAGAUUUGUCUGUCACUGUUGAUCUCGUUUCGCACGGGGCCGUGGGAUUAGCAAAUGUUCUCAGGAAGGGUUUUUGAGAGAAGAGAGACUCUGUGGUGUUGGGAAUAGAAAAGGAAAAUAAUAAAAGGAAGCUGAAAACUUUUCUCUC